AUGACGGCGUUAAAAUCAGAUUUGGAGGAGAAAAAUCUAUACAUUUACAAAGGACACGAUUGUGCGUACAUAGAACUGAAACACGCGGGAAUAAAAUUCAAAAAGGGAAAUAACACCAACGACAAUGAAAAUGUAGAGGACGAAAUUUACAAUCACGACGAGGUGAAACAAUAUUUGAAUACAAGAUAUUUAUGUCCACCGGAGGCAAUGUGGCGAUUAUUCAAAUAUGAUAUUUACAAAAUGUCACAUGCAAUAAUAAGAUUGGCAAUCCACGAGGAUGGACAGCAAGAUGUAUAUUUCAAGGAAGGAGAAGAAGAACUUGUAAAGAAAUUACGUACAGUUGAUGGAAUAUUACAUAAUACAUAUUUUGAAGCUGCAAAAGCAAGACAAUUGAUAGGCGAAGACGAAGAAUGGGACAAAUGCUUAGAAGAAGCAACAAAAGUACAAUUCCCAGAUGCUUUACGUCAAUUAUUUGCAAUAAUAUGUGUGUUUCAUAAUCCAACAAAUGCAAGAGAAUUAUAUGAAAAAUAUAAAACACAUUUUUAUCAUCCGAAAUACACAAAUGAAAUGGAUUAUGACAACAGAAUUGAUGAUGAUCUCACAGAAAUGCUAUUAGAAAAUAAUGAAAGCAGCAAUGACACAUUAGAAAAUAAAAUAAAUGGACCAGGAGGAUCUGGAAAAAGUUAUUUAUUAAAUAUUUUAAUUGACUAUUUACAAACACAAAAACAUGAAUUACUUUGCGUAGCAUGGACAGGAAUAGCAGCAAACUUAUUGAAGAAUGGAAAAACAGUACACACAACAUUCAAAAUGCCAUUGUCUAUAACUGAAACAACAGUGUGCAAUAUAAAACCAAACUCAAAAGAAGGAGAAAUAAUGCGCAACGCCAAAGUGAUUAUUUGGGAUGAAAUAUCAAUGACAUCGAAGAUGGCAUUCGAAGCUGUAGAUCGUUCAUUAAGGGACAUAUGCAAUAAUGACCUACCAUUUGGAGGAAAAAUAAUCAUUGCAUCAGGAGAUUUCAGACAAAUCCUACCCGUCGUUAGACACGGUAGUCGUACUGAAAUAAUUGAGAAUUUAGUAAAAAACUGUGAAGUAUGGAGAACAUUCAAACGAAUGGCAUUAACAGAAAACGUACGUGUAUCGGAUGACGACAGACAAUUCAAAAAUUGGCUUUUACAAGUUGGUGAAGGCAAACGGUCAAAUGAAUUUGAAGAGGAACAUGAAUUGCAAGAAAUUCCAAAAACAAUGAUCACGAAAAGAAAUGACAUAGUGGAAGAAAUAUUUGGAAGCAAAUUGAAAAAUAACGAUACAACAAUCAGCAAAAAAGUUAUAUUAGCACCAACAAAUAAUGACGUAAUGCACAUAAAUAAUGAAAUAUUAAAUAAAAUGGAAGGAAAAUCGAUACAAUAUCUGAGUGUCGACACGGCAGAGGACGAUAAUGGAGAGAAUCUGGAUGUCAUGUUGCCAACAGAAUUUUUAAACGAAAAAACACCAAAUGGACUUCCGCCAUAUAAAUUAUACUUGAAAAUUGGAGCAGUCAUUAUAUUAAUGAGAAAUUUAAAUAUAACAGAAGGUUUAUGCAAUGGCACGAGAUUGAUAGUGAAAGCUUUACAAAAAUAUUCGAUAAGUGCGGAAAUUUUAUCUGGAACACAUAUUGGAAAAACAGCAAUCAUACCGAGAAUAAGCUUAUCACCAUCAAAAGAAGACAUACCGUUUAACAUGAAACGACGACAGUUCCCAAUUAGAUUGGGAUUUGCAAUGACCAUAAAUAAAUCACAAGGACAAUCAUACGAUAAUGUUGGGGGCAAGAAGCAAGAAAACCUUGAAGGUAUUAUUAUUAAAUAA